AUGACAAUGAAGUUACAUCAUAUGAGGGUUAUGUAUGUGUUGCAUUACAAACAACAAGGGAAAUCGAUAAAAUACGUCAGUAAAUCUGCUACUCUACGUUUGUCAGCUGAUAAACUUAUGGUAAGUACAGAACGCGAGGACAAUCUCGAUGGUCUUGUUCAAGUGCCUGAAGCACGCUUUGGACAAACACGACAAGUUUACUGCUACAAGUUUAGUCUUCCGAGAGGCAUGGCUCAAAAAGAUAUUCCAAGAGUAAAUCAUCUGCUUUACAAAAUGGAAGGAAAGAGAAGAAUAACCGUUCCAACCUCCCGCUAUUACUAUCAAAAUGGUUGCCUACAAAUGAAUGGGAUGCAACAACGGGACAAUGGAAAAUAUAUGCUACGUAUUAAAACCUGUCUAUCGUCAAGAACCGUAUCGGUCAUAUAUUUCACUAUCCAGGUUGUUUCGUCAGCUGGUUUGACUACAAGUAUAAUGUCAUCUGCUAGUCCCACAACGGCCGAGCGUUCAAGCCGCAGCGCCAGUCCCAAAGCACAGACUACAGUCUUUCCAACUACAAAUAGAAUUACAACAUCAACCGAACCCGUAUACAAUCCAACAAAGCCUACUCCAAUGACAAUGACAACUGGUGUUACUGUUCAAGUUUUACAAACUGCAACUGCCACGUUGUCGGCGGACAACGAUUCUAUGGUAACAGAAGUACCAACAGUAUCAAGUACUAGAAAUCAAGUGUUGACAAGGUCAACAGUUGACUCAUGGGUUAUAGUAACAAUUGCUGCAUUUGUUUUCAUCCUCCUCAUUUUGAUCGUCUUCUUGUCCUACAAGCACCGUCAAACACUGCUGACAUUCUGUUUUUCAAGUUGCCGUGAAAUUAGAAAAGGUAGACGCCAAACUGCAAGCAACUGGCACGACAACUGCGAUACUAAAUUCUACAAGUAA